AUGAACAUCGAUUCAUUCGAACAGCUUAAAACUCCAAUCGGACGUUUGCAAUUAAGAAAAUGUGGAACAAUACCGGCUUUGACAACCUUCGUCGCUUACGCGCCGACAUCAAGCUAUGAUGAAGAAGAAGCCGAAGCGUUCUAUAUGGACUUGGAGAAGUUUUACAGAGAAGACCAAACAUUCUUCAAGGUCAUCAUUGGAGAUUUCAACGCGAAUAGUGGACCAUGA